GGCUGGAUUUAUAAAGAGGCCAGAGAGGCAGCUGUCCGUUCCCGUACAUCCUGAACCAGAAUGCAUCUCACCACAGACGACAAGAUAGAGCUGGGACUGAAUCCUGCAUUUAUGCUCAGCCAAGAUGAGAUGGAUGGAGAUGAUCACAGAUGCUAUGAGGGUGAACAGCCACAGUUGACGGUUGACAUUGAGGAGCCAAACACUCAGGACAGCCUGGAUGAGACAGUGGACAAAGGGGUGGAUUUGGUUUACUCCCUCAACGACAGGCCGCCGUGGUACCUCUGCAUUCUGCUCGGCUUCCAGCAUUACAUCCUGGCGUUCGGUGGCAUCAUUGCAGUCCCGCUGAUCCUUGCGGAGCCUCUCUGCAUAGGAGACAACAACGCCGCCAAAAGCCAGCUCAUCUCGACCAUAUUCUUCGUGUCAGGACUGUGCACACUGCUACAGACAGCUGUAGGAACAAGGUUACCAAUCCUCCAGGGUGGGACCUUCAGCUUCAUCACUCCUACUUUGGCCAUUCUUGCUUUGCCGAAGUGGCAGUGUCCAACUCCGAAUGCCCCUCUGAUGCUGUCCGUGCAGCUGCAGAAUGGCACCAGCCAAAACAGUGACGAGGUCUGGAUGUCGAGAAUACGAGAGAUCCAGGGAGCCAUCCUGGUGUCCUCCCUGCUCCAGAUUGUCCUGGGCUUUUCUGGUCUGGUAGGCCUAGUGCUCAAAUACAUCGGGCCUCUGGCUAUCGCUCCAACUAUCAACCUCAUUGGAUUAUCCCUUUUUAUUGAAGCUGGAAAGAAGUGUGGCGGCCACUGGGGAAUAGCUGCUCUAACGGUCUGUCUGAUCCUCCUGUUCUCCCAGUAUCUCAGCAAAGUUGACGUUCCAAUGAUCGCUUACAAGGAUAAGAAGUGGAAGGUUUUCCAGUAUCCGCUAUUCAAGCUCUUCUCUGCUUUGUUCGGGAUGUGCGGCGGCUGGUUGGUCUGCUUCUUACUGACUGUCUUCGACGUCCUGCCCUCCAAGUCUGAUCAGUACGGCUUCUCGGCGAGGACGGACAUCAGCUUGGACGCUGUGAGAAACUCCCCAUGGUUCCACGUGCCUUACCCAGGCCAGUGGGGUUUACCCACGGUGAGUCUGUCCUCGGUGCUCGGCAUGAUGGCAGGAGUCUUGGCAUCGACCAUGGAAUCCAUCGGUGACUACUACGCCUGCGCUCGUCUGUCGGGUGCCCCUCCACCACCCACUCACGCCAUCAACCGAGGCAUCGCCGUGGAGGGCAUCGGCUGCAUUCUGGCUGCACUUUGGGGAACUGGGAAUGGCACCACCUCCUACAGCCAGAACAUCGCUGCACUUGGAAUUACCAAGGUUGGCAGCAGACUGGUCCUGCAGACGACUGGAAUUCUGAUGAUUGUCCUGGGGAUCUUUGGGAAGUUUGGGGCCGUUUUCAUCACCAUCCCUGACCCAGUCAUUGGAGGCAUGUUCCUUGUCAUGUUUGGAAUGAUUGCAGCUGUGGGGAUAUCCAACCUUCAGUACGUGGAUCUGAACUCUUCCCGAAACCUCCUCAUCCUCGGCUUUUCUACCUUCAGCGGUCUCGUGUUACCGUCCUGGUUUCACUCCAAUCCCGGGAUCAUUGACACAGGAGUAAAGGAACUGGACCAAGUGAUCGUGGUACUCUUCACCACUCAUAUGUUCAUUGGUGGAUUCUUUGGGUUCAUCCUGGAUAACACCAUCCCAGGCACUGACAAAGAGAGAGGCAUCCACGAGUAUCAGGCCAAGGCGCAAGGGGAAGGCACAAAGACAUGUGACCUGUCAUGCUACGACAUCCCUUUCUGCAAUGGUCUUUUGAAAAGGUUUAAAUGUUUCCAGUACCUGCCCUUUCUCCCUUCUUACAAGACCGGAGUGCCCAAGUAGAGGCACGGCAGCUUCCUGAGCAACAGCGGUGCUACGUCGUAGACAAACACAAACCUGCAGAAAGCAGGAUGAGAAUUAGCUGAUUUUAUUAAAAAACGAAGCCUAAACCAUUUAAUCACCACAACCACAUUCAGAUGCUGCCGUCAUGCCAUUAAAGCUGUAACUUUUCCAAAAGAAGUGGGACCCGUGUGUAAAUUAUAAAUAGAUACAGGAUGCAAUACGUUUCAUGAACAAGUCUCAUGAACCCAUACUUUUGUCAGAAAUAAACAUUACAAAAGGAAAUGUACCAACUUGAUAACAAUAAUUAAAAAAAGAACACAAUGAUUUUGACUUUGAUGGCGUCAAUACACAUAAAAAAUGCUGAGACAAGGAUUCAAGUGUCAACAGUCCUGUGUUGGCUUAGUUUUUUCAUUUUGUCAAGCGCUACCAGUUUUCAGAUCAGGCAACACUCCAAAAAAAACCCUUGAUUGGUCUCCCCGGCCCCCAGAUGAGCUGAUGGAGUUGUGACGUAAACAUCCUCUCACGUUAGUGUUCAUCGAUCCAGCUUAACGUCUCGGUUAUAUAUUUUUAUCACGUCGAUGACCCGUUAACGUCAUUAGCAGUCGACCCUUUAACCUUUUGCUGCCCACGUCUCGACUGUGUGAAGACGUGUUGGCGCCAUCAAACUACAAACAAGCUUUUCUUUUUUAAUAUACAUGUUAAAAAGUCUAACUUUUAAUAUUUGAUACGGUUUCUAUUUUUAUUUUUGUUGUAAAUAAAACAUUUCUUGUAAAUAUGUUAUUUUAUUGUGAAGAGAAUAUGGUUUUUAAUCAUUUUGUAAAUUAUUGGACUCUGGAGUAAAAUGUUUGCCCAGAAUUCAGUUUUUAUUUACAUUUUACACCGAAUCUCAACUUUUUUUUUUUUUUUUUUAGAACUGGGGUUUUGAAUGCCGUCGUACUAGAUUAACCACCAUCAUAUGAUUCAUCAUCUGUUACAAAUUACAGCUGGAGAGUAGUGAUAGUCAUAAAAUAAGUUUUUAAAAUGUUAUUUGUGAACAAAAUGUUUUGUUUUUUUAUCCUUACUCUUCGUAUUAACUAUGUUUCUGUUUGUACUUUGUGUGAUCUGCAUUUGAUUAACGUCGAAGUAAAAACACGCUUUGUAUUUGAGUCACUUUGUGCCGUGAACUGUUCCGAGGUUAUGAGUGUAACUGUCAAUAAUCUGCAGGAUCAAUACUACCUCAUCAAGAACAGUAACACAGAAUGGGAUGAGCAGGCGCUUUGAUUAAACCAACAAUGUCUUAAAGAGAAUAUUUUCACCAACGGUGACUGCUAACGCUGUAACAUGUGGAUAAUGUUUUAUUUUGCCUUCUGUCAUCAUUGUAUAGACAUUUUCAAAAAUGCUUUUACUUCAAAAAAAUGACUGUGUAAUUGUACUAAUUUUUAUACCGUACUUAAAAUAGGUCAGAAACUGU